GUCGCUCUCUGACGCAGGUGGACGUCGAUUUUGUCAUCCGCGAAGGUUUCGGGUCAACGUACGAGUGACUGCGAGAUGUGGCGGUACCUAAAGUGACCGGAGCAGGCCACUUCGGAGGCACACCUGACCCCGAUUCUCGCGCGGCGUGUACGUUCCAUUCCGUUUGACGCACACGGGAGGAGAUGGAGUCGCGUGCAUGCACGUGAUGUGCUGGACGUGUGUUACCUACCUACAUACCUUCGAAUGCGAUACGUAGGUAGGUGGCUUGGAGAGAUACCGAUGCGGUAGACUGAAGCGUAUCAACAACGUACAUACGCAUUCCCCGGAGAUCGAAGACUCCCUCUACCUGCUCCACCUUCUUUAUCUUUCCUCGGCUCUUUUAUCGGCAUCGUGGAAACACGAUGUGACACGCGUAUCCCUGUAACCGUAACAAAUUCUUUGUUAAUAUCGCGUUGCCGUCGAGCUUUUCGUUGGAGUAUAAUCAAUCGAAUUUGUUAGCCACGUAAUGGUCCCGCACGCAGAGGUAUUAUUACAGGUUUAUAAGCCAUGGAUUAGCUUUCCGACGGUAUCGUCGUUAUUGGUAUCGGCGAGGAAAUUUCUUCCUGAGGGAAAACGUCGGUUUUUUUUUUUUUUUGGAAAAUUAAACGAAUCGAAAUAAACCGAGUGGCGAAGCGGCGUCUGUUACCAUUGUUAUUCGUUGGUAAUUACCCGCAGCUCCGAAAUAUUCGUAUUCACGACGCGUCAUGUGUCGGCAUCAAAAUCACCUGAAACUAAUUGGGCAACUAAUUGGUGUUAAUUGGUCGGGGUAUUACGAAGGUGACGCACUUUGGCCCCGCCGUCUGGUCUACCCUUAGAUUUACCGUUGCGGGGUGGUGAAAGGCCCAACCUGCACUACCGGGGUACAUAUAUAAGACGUUGAAACCGAUCGUCCCAGAAUUAGUUCGACUCGAAACCAAGGUCCCUUUCGGAAGUGAUCGUGAAACCCGGACAAAAUUGAAACGAUCGAACGCCAGCGAUGGCUAAAUUCUUGCUCUUGAACAUUUUUCUCUUGUCUCUCGCCACCUGCGGCCUGACCAUCAACAUCAGGGACAUUUUUGGUUUCGGUUAUCCGCGUUUCGCGAAACCCGAGGAACGCCAAUCCGUCGAAAUCAUACGAUGGCGUCAACCCGUGUGCAUAACCGCAGCUCCGGGGGUCCUACCUUGCCUCGUAGGUUUCGCGGACCAUCAACGACCCGUGCAAACCGAAGAGGAGAAUGUCGGCUACGAACCGGAACAGAUCAUCGAUUUGAUCGACAUCAAAUCGCAGUCGCCGGUCAAGGAAGAUCUGAAAACUUUCUGGUCGAAGCACGACAGCGAUCUGGACGACCUCAGCUUGGAAUCAAUCGAAAUCGAUCCGCCUCACCUGACGAAGAGAUCGGCACCGAAACUCUAUUCGCCGAAAGUGGUGAGAUACGUGAAACUGGAAGACAUGGGUGAAUCAACCCUCGAGAAUCCGGCUUCGCAAAGCGCGAGAGGUGGAAGGUAUCUGAGAGUGGCUCCGCAGAUGGGGAGGGCCACCUACAGAGAUCCUAAUUAUGACGUGAAGAUCGUCGACUCCCCAGUAAUGGCGAAUCUCGUUGCUCAUACCUGUCUUCCCGAUAUCGGUAUUCCCCUCUGCUCCGAACUGGGUGGCUCUACAACGAUACCGAUCGCCCCGAUUCCCCUACCUUCGAAACCUGUGCUGCCUCUCCCGUUGCCCCCGAACCCUCUUCCUUCUAUCCCCGCGCCUUCGAAACCCCUCAUUCCUCUUCCUGGAUUUCCCUCCCUUUCCUCCCUGCCUUCUAUCCUGCCGCUUCCUUCUCUUCCCAAUGUCUCGAGCCAGGUGACGCUCAACAUUAGCAAUUCAAUCGGUAACUUGACUCCGCUGCAGUUGCCGGGUCAGGCUGUGAUCCAGAGUAUCGGCGAUUACCUGAACAAACCGACGGUAGUGCAGAGUAACGGAGAACCGGAAAUAAAGCCGGUGAUAGUCGUGCAGCCGACCUCGUCGCCCGGAAUUUUGGCCGGUAUCAACGCAUUUCUGGCACCGAACGGGAACAAUUGGUUCAAUCCGCUUGCCGGGAAUCCACUCAUCGGUUUGGUGAAUCUGUCGGCGCUGCCGGUUUUCUCGCCACUUCCGGGGAUACCCUCGUUGCAGGAAAUUUUGCAGAGACCGGAAAACGAAAUUUCCAGGCCUCCGGGUCUCCUGGGUAUCUUGGGAAUUCCGAACAACCAGAGUCCGCCCCCCAGCGCGGGGCCGCCGACCGAGAAACCGGGAAUUUUUGGCGGUAUCUUCUCGUCGCCCAGCCGACCCACGGCCCUCGAAGAUGCCACGAACCCCACGCGACCGACCCUCCUAGGCGGCAUAGGGAACAUCUUCAAUCAACCCACUAACCGACCUCUCGUGAUCGAGAGACCUGACGAGAAUCCCAUAGUCGUUGAACGACCCGUUUACGUUGUCGAACAACCGGUGACUCAGGGACUCCUCGACAUUUUCCAGAAACCAAAUCGACCGAUAAUAUUGAACACCACGAAGGAACCGGAGGUCAUCAAGGAUCCGACUUACGUUCUUCAGAGACCCACGGAAAAUCCGUUGACCGGCCUCCUCGGAAAUUGGAACAUCUUCAACAGGCCCACUACUCAAUCUCCACCCCCCGUCGUGAUAAUAGACAAGGAACCAAAUCCUGGUCGUCCAACCGUCGUUAUCAAUACACCACCGCAGAAUUACAGUCCUGCGAUAAUGCCAACAAACCCUCAACUACCAGCUUUUCCGGUAAAACCGGGUCUCGUGUCCUCGAGUUCUUCGAGCGUAUCCUCGGCCAGUUCCACAUCAAGCGUAAACGGUAUAUCGAAUUCUUUCGCCGCGUCAUCCGCAAGUUCCGUCGUAAAUCCUCUAGGACCGUCCUCCUCUUCGUCGUUGGCGGUUUCUUUGGCUUCCUCCGCCGCCAAAAAGGGAGAGGAUUCCGCAAAGACAGUGGACGCUGUACCGCAAACGAAUUUGGAUUCGGAAAAUAGCGGUUUGCGGGAAGGUGGCGAAUCGAAAGCCCCGAUUCGCGACGUCCCGGAAGUAGCGAAAGUUCAAGGAUCGAAGGAAAAGAUUUUGCCGGAGGGACAAGCGGCGGAGGGCGAUAAAUUCAAGGACAUCGAUGCGGUCCCGAUCGACGAACAAGUGCACAACGAGGCUUGA